AUGCCUUGGAUCUAUACUACAGAGGUUCCCGUCCUCUACGGAGAGUUGAAGAGAAUAGCUCUGCGAGAUGGAACACCAGAGCUUACAAUUCACGAAGUCGAAGAGCUCGUCGAAGAAAGCAAGUCGAAGUAUGCCAUAGUGCAACCCAACAAAGAGGAUGCCUGGCUACAGUACUGGAGCGAAGCAUCAGUCUGGGCAAACCAUGUGGCCGUUGCAAGCUACUUCUCCCUGAUGGAUUCGAUGAAGCCGUUUCCAGGCAAGCGGCCGUAUGAACUGACACAUAAUUUCGCGGGUAACAGCACCACCGAGUCGACCCUCUUUCCUAGUCCGCUCAGCACUUCACGUGACACAAUCACCUCUGACGCGCUUCUCGCUUCUAUAUCAGCCUCGCUCAUCCCGACUGUUGUCUCGUCCGCUCAGUUCUCUGCUCACCAUACCAAAGAAAAGACAGAGAUGGAGCCCUCAACCAGCAAAGAUUCCCAGCCACAUCCCCAAGGAACAUGCUUUACCCCUAGAUUGACAAUCGCUGAUCGUUCUAAAGUACCAUCUCCCGUUCCCGCCAAGUCUGAGGGUGAGAAAGGCAAGAAGGAGAGGAGAAGAAAGAAGCAGUCUGGCGCACUCGAUAUGUCCAAUACCCCCCCGUCCAAUACCCUCCCUGCGUCGCCCGUCUUGGUCACUCGAAGGGCACAACCACCCGACCUUCAGCAUCCCCCGAAUGCGAGGAGACAGAUUGCUGCCACCCUGCGACCCGCGCUCGAGGUCAUCUUCGCAAACCACACCUUGACAAACGCUGAAGCCGGAUACCGCCCUUCGGCAUGGGACGAGGAACGUGGUCUGCCCAUGGGAGCCUGGAAAUGUCUCGCACCGAAUGCCGCUAAGUGUAUCUGGGGCAAGGGUGGAGAAAUUCUAGGUGAGGUCAAUCGCCUGCUGGAAGGGGGUGCGGGCGUUCGAUUGAUCGUGGCUCUGCAGCCUCUUGGUCCGGUCUCGCUGUAUGGUCCUCUUCUCUGGAUCGACAUUCGAUUCAGUUACAGCCCCUCUGACCCAGAUACCAUCGCUGCUCGAGAUUGGCUUCAGGAUUUUGUCAUUGAGUUUGCCAGCAACAAGGGAAAGUCUGGUACGAUGUUGAACGAGUUCACGGCCUGGGCCCAGCAGAACGUUCCUAGUCAGGAGAUUCGAAAGUGGCUGGGAAAGUCGCUGAAUGGAAUAAUGGACCAGGGCAGACCCAGCGGAAGACCGAGCGGGAGAUAA